AUGGAUAGUAGAACCGAAUUUGAUGGAAGAAUUCAUUUUUUUGAAUAUUUUUCUCUUGAAAAAUUUGAAGAGUACUUAAUCAUCCAAUAAUCAUCAUAGAUCAUUAAGAAAUGCCUUGUAAUAUUCAAUAGGAAUAAUUACACAAUAAGAUCGAUUUAUAUAAUAUUUUCAAUAUUCAAAAGAAAUUGCUUAUCUGAUUGAAUUUUGUAUUAAUCUACCUUAUGCCUUAAAGUAUAAUGCUUCAUAUGCUGAAUAUUUUUAUGGAUUCUUUUUAUCAGAAUAAAAACAAAAUAAUAAAGUUAAACGAAUUUUAACUUUGAUUAUAAGGAUUAUGAUUCCUUAUUUAUUACAGAAAUUACAUGAAUAUUCAAAUAAUGCAAAUUAAGAUAGAAAAAAGAUAGUAAUAUUAUGGAUUUAUAGAGGAUUUAAAUUGAUUGAUAUUUUAAUGAAAUUUUAGUAUUUGUUAAAUGAUGAACAAAAGAGCUAUGCUAUUUUUUAUUCUUUAAUAAAAUAGGAUCUAAUCAGAUUCAAAAUGGAAUCUCCAUAUAAAUAUGGAAUGUUAUUUAUUUAUUUGGGAUUAAAAUUUUUAGAUUUCUAUUUUUCCAAAAAAAAUAAUAAUGUUUAACAAUAGAAUUAAAUUAUUUAAGCACCAAAAUAAGUUGAUGCUAAAAAUGUCUAGAAAUAUUGUCCUAAAUGUAAAAGAAUACCAUAAAUACCUAGUGUAUUAAAAACUACUGGAUAUGUUUAUUGUUUAGAAUGCUUACAAUAAAUGGUAAUUAAAAAUGA